GAUACUCUUGUACACGACACAUGUAAAGAUGACUUUUUCACAUUCCCAUCACCCUGUUCUCAAAGGAAGCAAGAAGGGUUCACUUUAUCUGACAUCCCAUCGGAUAAUCUUUCUGAACUCUGAUCACUCGGAUCCUUUGAAAUCUUUCGCCAUGCCUUUUCAAACAUUGAGAAAUGUGGAACUGGAGCAGCCUGUACUAACUCCAAACUACCUAAAGGUAACAUAUUUCGAUUCUUUCGUAGCAGUAGUAAAAAAGUGGCUUUAGGG